ACGCUAAGAGGACGGGAGGCAGAUCCCCGGGACGUGCAGGACGAGGCAGAGCUGCUUGACGCUCUGGAGGGGUUUUAAUUUAGAGUGUGCAGCGACAGGGAAGGCAGAGGAGACGGACUGAUCAGAGCUGGAGAACCCACUAAAUACUUACAUUUUUUUUCCUCCACACAUUAAACAGACCAGACGGCGCGGCCAUGGGUGUGAAGAUGCUGCAGUGUUUUCCUUUCUACAGACGGUGCAAAGAGCGCUGCAAGAGCAGGGAGGCCCCCCCGGCAGCAGAGGAGACGAAGCCUCGUCUCUCCUCCACGACGUCCUGGGGCAGCGAGAGCGAAGCAGCGGGGAGCCUCAGCCGGGGAUCCCAGCUCUACUUCUCCACCAAGGCCCGGCUGUCCUUCAGACACCAGCUGGACAGCAACAUCAACGCGGUGGACGCCACCUACUGAGCAAAGCAGAGAACUGCAAGGGAGGCAAACUGACUGCACUGCAUGAAGUCUUCCAGCGUGAGCUUUGCCUUUACCCUGAAAUACUGAGAACCCUUGGAGGUUUUAAGUGAGAGGAAAACAGACUGGAUACAUCAGUUCAACAAAAAGAGAGGACUCGUUAUAGAAACUGAUGGGAGAGCAAAGGAUGGUCGUUUACAGUUUUCUUCACCAACAAGUGCAUUAGUUUUUUUUCAUUUUGCAAGUUUUCUAUUCAGCUCUUUGUGUUUUGAUAUUUGUGAGUUUAAAAAAAGACUUGUUUUCUCUUUGCUCGUCAGAUCAUCAUGGCUGAUUUUAAAUUAACCUUUUUUUUUUUUUAGUUGUACAGAUUAUCACGACUAACUCAAUCUGAAGCACAGAACUAAUAUUAACUUGUUUCGGUACAUUUAACUUUCUAAAUUCACAAGCUUGUAGUGAAUUACUAAACAGUAAAAGAAUGAUUUUUAAUAUUUUUGUAAUGAAGGUCAAAUAUCUCUGAAAUUGCACAUAAAAACGUCACUCCAGCUGUUUUAUGUAAUGUUUUGAAAAGGACAAAGUAAACUGAGCCAUACUGCGACUUUUCUAUUUCUCUGCUGUUAUUUAAUUUUCACUCUUUUACAAACUCUCAAAUAUGAAAUGUUUUAAUGGUACUUUAAUGUGUUUACCUGCAACAAACUGACAUGAUGACAUAUGUGAGGAUAAUUAACUCACUGACAACCUAAAUAUGUCCUGAGCUGCAGUGGUCCGCUAACAAAAUUUGUAAUAAAACCUGUUUUUAUAUCAA